GGAAUUCGCCCCCGUCGACUCACUUUUCUCUGCCAGUCCCUCUAGCUAAGUCAAUAUGGCGAGAACUCAUUCUGAGUCUUCUGACGACUUUGAGUUCAUCGAGACCCCUGCUGCCCCCUGUCAGUCACCUUCGCCUGAGAAUUGUGGAGUUCGGACCACGUCGUAUCCUGCGAUUAAAAAUGCACCUCUUCCCGCUGAUGCUGCAGGGAGCGACAGCUUCUCCAACAUCCUCCUAAUUUCCCUUCUUGUUCUCGUUCCGUGGUACCUUGCCCGACAAGUUGGCGGUGGAUUUUACACUACUAUCUUCUUCGCUGUCUUCACCUCGAUCCCCAUUCUCAUGGUCUUCUGGUCUGUCGCCUCAUCAAUUUCACCACGCAAGAACGAAAAGGCCAAGUAUCCCGGUAGACCCGUAGAGCACUACCUUCAUUUCCACAGCGAGCAUGACCGAGCAAAAUAUCAUGGCAAGAGCAAAAUCCCCAUGGAGACAUUCCAUGAGAUGUAUUUUGCUGGAAAGGUGGACUUUAAGGGCGACUGCCUUGAAGCCUUGGAAUAUAGACAUGAUUGGGCAGCGUUCAGGUUUACCUUGAGCUUGUACAAAUUUUUCUUGACCGGAAUGAUGCCUGAGGUUAUUAUGCACACUCGCAGCCAAGAUGAGGAACAGGUCCGUGGACAUUACGAUCGCGGAGACGACUUCUAUGGCUGGUUCCUUGGCCCACGCAUGAUCUACACGUCUGGUCUCAUCAGCGAUAUCAACAAAGAAGAGACCUUGGAACAGUUGCAGGAUAACAAGUUGGCUGUGGUGUGUGAGAAAAUUGGCCUCAAGCCGGGAGACACCAUGCUCGACCUUGGCUGUGGUUGGGGAACUCUCGCCAAGUAUGCUAGUGUUCAUUACGGUGCUCAUGUUACCGGUAUCACUCUUGGGCGCAACCAGACCGCUUGGGGAAACAAUGGCCUUCGGAAAGCCGGCAUUGAAGAAGCUCAGAGCCGAAUUGUUUGCUGUGACUAUCGUGAUGCCCCUGUCGUAUCUGGCGGUUACAAGAAAAUCACAUGUCUCGAAAUGGCCGAACAUGUUGGUGUCCGCCACUUUGGAUCAUUCUUGUCCCAGGUCCACGACAUGCUUGAUGAUGAUGGUGUUUUCUUCCUUCAAAUCGCAGGUCUUCGCAAGUCUUGGCAAUAUGAGGAUUUAAUCUGGGGUUUGUUUAUGAACAAGUAUAUCUUCCCAGGUGCCGACGCCAGUACACCACUAGGAUUCGUGGUCGAUAAGCUCGAGGGAGCCGGUUUCGAGAUCAAAGGCAUCGAUACCGUUGGCGUUCACUAUUCUGCAACUCUGUGGAGAUGGUACCGCAACUGGCUCGGAAACAGGGAAAAGGUUGAAGCCAAGUACGGCAAAAAAUGGUUCAGGAUUUGGGAAUUCUUCCUUGCCUACUCGACCAUUAUUUCGCGUCAAGGCAGCGCGACAUGCUACCAGAUUACCAUGGUCAAGAACAUCAAUUCCACCCACCGCGUUGAAGGCAUUCCAACCCAGUUCGGUCUCUCGGGAGCCCGUACUGCGGCCAUCGAGAAUGUUGGAAAGGGUACAUUGCUCACUGCCAACGUUCCUGCUACCGAGAAACAUUAGACGAACUUCACGCUGGUGAAAAUACAGGUUAGAUGGACUAGACUUCAAACUUAGACUUCAACUAAUUUAAAGGACAUUGAAGAUGCAGGAUGGCGGUGGGAGGAAAGCGAACAUUCAUUACGGUACAUAUGGUAGAAAAGAAGGGGGCAAGACGUGUUGACAAGGCAUCAUCGGAUUCAAAUCUGGCCUGCUAUCUUUCUUUUUUUGUCAUAUUCGCAAAGGCCCACCGGGAUGUUUUACUUUACUGUUCUGGUUUAACUUUUUGUUUUGAAAAAUGGAGGGAAUUCAUAGUAAUUCUAAUAUGGGCUUUCAUGGGUAUAUAAUCUCAAUGCUUGUUAUCUCUCUGG